UUAUUUAAACAAAUCUUUUUAUUUUUUUUAGUUAAUAUAGAAUUAUAAUAUGGUUCGUUAUUAUUCACAUACGUAGUUAGUAAUUUGUAUAUGUAAAUAUAAUUCAAUAUAAAUUGAAGAGUGCUCCUACUCAAUAUCACAAUCAUGUUUUAUUUACUUCAUUCCACUUCCUUCCAUCUGGUACCAUCUUCUCGACGAACAGAAUGUAAUCCAAUUAACUUGGUAAGGGUACAUAGUCAAUCGUAUUUGACCAUCUGACGUUGCAUUGCCAAGUGAAGAGAAAAUGGGACGAACUGUAUAUGCGGAAGAACGUUUACACAAUUACCUGACAUCGUUAGGAAAACCGGAUGAAUAUACGAUAGGCCUAAUUUUGGGACAGAGUGCUGGUCAGAAAGAUUAUAUUGUACACUUAGCAAAAACACCACCCCCUCUUGGCAAAAAUGUUGUGGAAGAAACAUUGAUUAGUUCAACGACAAAUGUUCAGCAGGAAACUGCUGAAAAUUAUAUUAAAUCAGUGAGGGAUAUACCUGAGAGCUGGGUUGCUGAUCAUGCUAAACAUGUCACCAGAAUGUUACCUGGUGGAAUGCAUGUUCUUGGUGCAUUUAUUGUUGGUCCUGAUGAUACUAUGAAUGAGAACAUAAAUGUACAGAAAAUUAAAUCUAUCCUUAUGGCAAUUCAGAGAAAUUUGAUGCACAAUAAGUACCUCUGUGGAGACAACAACGAAGAACAUCUUAUUUUAAGCUUGAAUAGCAUUACACAAAAAUAUAUUUGUAAAUCUAUAGAAACCAAUAAAACUGGGAUGUUGAAGCCAGCGGAAUGGAAGUUUCAAGGAAAAGCUACCAAGUGGCAUCAACUGGAAGCUCUUGUAGAUUUUGAUCGUUUAUUUCUCAUUGCUGCGGAUAAAGAUCCUGAAACUCUUAAAACACAACUACAGGAUAUUUUAGAAAAUAUAUCCCACACCAUUGAGUCUUCUAUAACUGUUAUUGAAGGAGAUGUACGAUCUCCUGAUGAUCCAUUGGAAAUAAUCAGCAAAAGUAAAAAGGAUAAAAAAGGAAUAAAAAAUAAUGAAAAGAAUAGUAAUGAUAAAUCAAUCCAAAUUAACUUAUACAUUCCAUGUCAAGAAAAACAUAUUAACUCAAAUGUGAGGAUAACACCAUGCAAUGCAUCGAUACGUUUAGUUGGACAAUUGGCUAGUAGAACCUUUGUUCAUCAAAAAGCAAAUGUUGAAGAAGCUAAUGUGGCAGUGAAACAAGAUAUAAUAAGGUCUCUAGCAAGUAGGUUAGAAAUGCAUUGGGAUAGUUUAAUUGAAGAAGAAAAUGGAUCCCCAGAAGAAAAUAUAACGUUACACGAACCUCCGAGAAGAGUAUUAAUAGCAUUACCAGAAAGUAAAGUAACAUUAUCCGAUUACCUUUUCCCUGGUGAAGGACCUCAAGAAGCCCUUCUAUCAUUGCAAGAACUUUUAGACUUGGAAGUAAAUGAAAGUAACGUUCAAAAAGAUAUAGAGGUCCAAGCUGAUCCAACAGAAUUUUAUUGUCAAAGUGAAAUCGACGUCAAACCUAGCGAUCUUGGUAAAGAUUCAUCUGGAAAUAACCAAACUACAGUAUAUGUCGCAGGUAUCAGUAUUGCGGUUAUAAUUUUAAUUAUUGCUAUCAUAAUACACAAAUUAUAUUAAAAUUAGGAUGGAUUUAUAUUUUACUGGAAAUAUGCAAAGAAUAAAAUCUGUACAUUCUAUUAUAUUAUCAUAAUGUUAUUUGUAUAU